UUGAGUUAUAUGAUAGGACUGUUUGGAAUAAUUGUCUACUCAUAAACACGCGUGAGAAUUACUCGCAGCAGACGGGAAUUUUUUUAUAAUCUAAAUUGGAUUACAUGCGUAAUGAUUCGAAACAAAACAUAUACAUCAGAAAUGUAACGGCAGGCAGUCUCAAACUAGUGCGAGCAGACAGUGCUGCCUUCUGGACUUUGCAUCUGUGGUUAUUCACAUAAUUUCCAUUAGAAUUGUUGGACUUUUCAUGGAACGUACCUUAACAGUUCUGGCACUCAGGAACAGGAAGUGAGAGUCAUGGCUGCCAUCCCCGUCCCACCAAUCCCUCCUCCACCGCCACCACCACCCCCUCCUGCCCCUGCCUGUGGCCUGACCCGCAUGGACUCUGGCCGCAAACAAAGGCUUCGCAACCUCAACUGGGAGCGGAUACCGAAAGAGCGCGUAGAGGGCCGUAAUAGUGUGUGGAGUGGCUCCUUGAAUGAGGACGAUGACUUCCGUAUCGACCUGAAUUCUCUGGAUGAGCUCUUUGGGCAGAAAGAAGGCGGCAAUCCAGACAGGACCAACAGCUUUCGCCGAAGUUUGCUGUGCUGCAGGUCUCCCCAAGAAACUAGCAUUGACAAAGUUACACUGCUCGACUCAAAGCGCAGCAUGAAUGUUGGAAUAUUUCUACGGCAGUUGAAAAUUGCGGCCAACGAGAUCGUGGAGGAUGUGAGGCAGGGGGCCGGAGAGCGAUACGGAGCCGAGAAACUGACAGAACUCUGCAAGCUGCUGCCUGAUAAUGAAGAGGAGGCUAGAUUGAAAAAGUUCAGUGGUGACCGUAGUUUACUGGCAGAACCAGAUCUUUUCAUGCUGUUGUUGGUGGAGUUACCAAGCUUUCGUAUGCUACUGGAUGCCAUGAUCCUCCAGCAGGAGUUUGACCCUGCCGUAACCUCUCUCUGUGUGGCAGCCAGAUGUCUGGGGGAGGCAGCUCGAGAGUUGCUGAGCUGCCCCGAGCUUCACUCCAUCCUGCGACUGGUGCUCAAGGCAGGAAACUAUAUGAAUGCUGGAGGUUACGCUGGGAAUGCUGCUGGAUUCAGGAUUUCCUCUUUACUCAAACUGGCCGACACCAAAGCCAACAAACCAGGCAUGAACCUCUUGCAUUUUGUUGCCAUGGAGGCGGUGAAGAAGGAUAAAGACUUGCUGAUGUUUCCCAGCCGCUUGAGUCAUGUUGCUCCAGCUUCAAGGUUAUCAGAAGAAUCUGUUGCAGAGGAUCUAUCGCGAUUGCAUAGCAGAGUCGCUGAACUCCAAAUCAGAGCUCAGACAGACACUGAAAUCGAGCAACAGACGAGAACUUUUCUGGAGGUGGCAGAGGUGAGGCUGAAGGAAGCUGCCGAUGAGGUGGAAAUCUUACAGAGUGCUAGUAAAGCCCUCGUGGAGUUCUUCUGUGAAGACGAAAAUUCCUUCAAACUAGAGGAGGCCUGUCGUAUCUUCCAGUGCUUCUGUCAGCGAUUCCAAAGAGCUGUGCGGGAGAAUACAGAGAGGGAGCUACAAGAGCAGCGGCGUGUGGCACGUGAGCGUGAGAACGUGGAAAAGCGUCGUUCCCUUGCCCUCUGCACCGGACUGGAAGUGGAGCGCCAACUGGACGACCUGGAUCGCGCCCUACAGAGGAGCUUAAGUUACACAGGGACCCGUCGCAGUCUGCGCAGACACUCGCAGUACAUCCUCUGCUCUGUUGAGAGAAAUAUGAAAUCUGACAAGCAGCACCCCAACUCAGAGAGUGGAACCCUUCAUGCUCUCAGUCCCGAAGGAUUUAGUGGAGAAUCAGAGCUUAGAAGACACUCACUACGCAAGAAUGACGCUGUACAAACUGAACAAGGAAUAAACAAAGGACUAAGAGUGGGUCAGUGUUUGUCAAGCACCGAUUCAACGUGUGGCCUUCAACGAGGCACAAUGGUUACACCAAACAGUAUGAAAAACCAUUCUACGUUGAAUACAAGGACAGUCCUCAGUGAUACCACUUUUGUUGCUUUAGGAGAAACGAGUAUCACGUCACAUCAGCAGGGGGCAGCGAAUGUCUUGCCGCUCACAGGACUAUCCUCUAACAAUGUUUUGAAAGUUGAGAAACAGGUUCAAGGUGCCUGUGAAAGGCUGACGCAGAUAGCGACAGAUGCUUCGGAGGGCGUUGAGAAGCAGGAUCGUGUAAAUGGCAAAGAGGCUCCAUCUGUAAUGGGAGUAACGCCAGAGACAGACGCUGAAACCGCCACAAGUCUGGUAGGAGAGACUUGGUUGAAUACUUUUUGCCCUGUUGACCCUAGUCCGCCACUUGCCCGUGAACUUGAGCCCUCUAGUCCAGAUAGAAGUCAUGUUUACCCACGAGUUGGCGAGACACUUGAGUGCCACACCCUAGUGAGGGGCCUCCGCUCGUACGAGAGCAUUUCGGCAACUGUAACGCGCCCUGCAGCCAAUCACUGCUCUAAAUGGAAAAAAGAGCGGGAAGCCAAGGAGAGAGAUGGCGCUAGCUUGCCACAUGCUAAUGAUUUGCGUACUAUAAAAACACCCACUCGAGGACCAACUAAAAGAGGACUGGUACCUCAUGGAGGGCCUUCGAAUAGUAGUGGCAUUCCAAGGGUACGCACUAAGGCGGAGCCAACUCCUGUCGAUGGUUUGUCAGCUAGUCACAUAUCACGUCUUUCCCCUACAAGUUCCACAUAUGUACGCUCAUCGCUAAUCACGCGAUUUAACGGUGUCCAAAACGAACUCAAACAUAACGCCAGCGCAGGGCAGAAGUUGAAUGCCCAGUCUGAAACUAAACAAAAGCGUAAUGCUUCUGAGACUGUGAACCAGGACAAGGACAAAUGUCGUGAGCCGUUUGUUCGUGGAUCGCCGUUACGCGUGUCCAAGCGGCUAGCGCCCAAUUCAGACUCCCAGACACCCCACGCUAUACAUAGUCCAACCGCUGCUACGACCGCCAAGACGAUCCGCACGGCCAUCAUCACUGCAGCCAAGGCUGCAAAGAGUCCGGAGUCUGCCUUCACCAAGAGCCUGGGUUCCCGAAUCCCAGGUACUAAAAUUCCCAGACCUGCUGCCCAACCCACGUGGAGAUAAUAUUUGGUUGAUACUUGAACUCUUCGAGAAGCGGCCAGGUGACCUUUAAUGGUUGUCACAUGCUUAAGCGCCUAAAUUAAAGGAUUGGUUCAUCAAAACAUUACGAUUCGGUCAUUUACUCGCUAUCAUGUUGUUCCAAAACUGUAUGUCGGUCUUUAUUCUGUUGAACGCAAAAUACAUUUAGAAGAAUCUGAUGUGACUGAUCACUUUUUCCAUGCAGUUACAAUGAGUGAGAAUUAAAGCUUUCCAAAAAGGACGCAAGAGCAUCAUUGCCAGUAUAUGUCUUGCGCUAUAUUCCGAGUCUUCUGAAGCCAUACAAACCAAACAUGGCGAAUCAUUCUUCGGAGUCUGAUCUUUUCAAUGAAACGGUUGAUCUGGUUCACAAAAAAAGUGUGUUGAGUGAUUUAUUCAUGAAACGGACUGACCCGUUCCACUCACUGACUUUUGCACCCUUUUUGAAGCUUGAUAACUUUCCCAUUCAUUAUAAUUCCAUGGAAAAGAGUGACCAGUACACAAUUCAGAAUUUCUCCUUUUGUGUUCCACGGAAGAAAGUAAGUCAUAUGGGUUUGGAAUGACAUCAGGGUGAGUAAAUGAUGUCAAUGUUAAUCUUCCAGUGAACAAUUCCUUGAAUAUAUGAUAUAUGAAAACAAGUAGACUUCCGUUGGUGGACGCCAAGGUUUUUGUGUAAACUGUCAACUCGAACUGCUUCUCCCUCUAAAAUGCCACUAAAUAAAGAAGCUAUUCAUUGUGUCUGUUCAGAAUGGACAGUAUACUGUAAUGGAUCCCGGACAGAAUGACCGCUACUUUUCAGAGUUCUCCUCUCAUUCAGGUCUUGGUUUUAGCCUCCCUUUUCAAGACUUUGAUUCUCUUUAAAGUUGAAACUAUCAGGACAGGCUUAGCACUGUUUCUAGCUGUAUACUCUACCUCUGAACACUAGUGUGCCCUGUGCAGGUAACAGCGCACCUCAGAAGGGACAUUUAACAUAAUUCCUCCCAGAACCUUAUUACAAAAACCCAGUUUUAUAUCUUACUUAAAGAAUUUGCUUUGCCAUGUUUUUGCUAGAAUGUUACCUUUCUAUCAUGAGACAUUUUAUUCAACAUCAAAGCAAAUAGAGCCCAUAGUAAAUUACUGAAAACUGAACUCUUGUGUAAUUCAGCCCUCUGCGGUCUGAUUGAUCUUAAAUUGCCCUGAUGUGGUUUAGGUCAAAUUGACUGUGUAUUUUACAGUUAGGUACGAAAUAGUGAGCUUAAAUUUACCAUGUGAUCAAAUAAAAUGUACUCAAGAUCCCAAAGCAAAUAUGGUGAAGCAAAUGCAUUACGCCUUCAUCUGUACGUUAGGUUCCCUCACUUUGAUGCACUUUAAAGAUGAAUGAGAUUUAAUGCUGACAGAAAUCAUCUCAGAGGUUAUCUGCUGUACUUUUUAUGUGUGUUGUGUUUAAAUUAACAGAAUUGAAAACAUAGUUGCCCUUUGUAAUAUUUGUAUUUGUAAAUAAGGAGAAUUUGAAAUAAAGCAUGAAUUA